UUACCUUACUAAGCACAGCUAGAUCUCAGAAAGUAUCCGAAUGUACUUUCAAUUUCACAAACGACAAUAAAGCGUGCUGCAUGCUAGAGUGUGUUUACAGAAUUUUAUGACUUUUUAGGUUCAUGUAGAUAAAAUCUACAACAAUUGCACAGCCAUGAGUAGAAAACAGACCCCCAGUGAGUUUCUGAAACAGAUUAUUGGACGCCCCGUUGUGGUCAAGUUAAACUCUGGUGUGGACUACAGAGGUGUUUUGGCGUGUCUGGAUGGCUACAUGAACAUUGCCCUAGAACAGACAGAAGAGUACGUUAAUGGACAGCUAAAGAAUAAGUACGGGGAUGCCUUCAUCAGAGGCAAUAAUGUUCUCUACAUCAGUACACAGAAAAGAAGGAUCUGAAUGGAUAUAUACACGACUCUACAGUACAGAAACGUACCUUGUGUAACAACAAAGAAAAUCAUGUGUUCAAUCCAGAAUUGAUGCAUCAUCAACUUGUUAGUUAUUGAGAAUAUCAUUUGUUGUUGGUUGAAAGUUUCAUUUUCAUGCCAUUAAAAUUUAGUUCAUUGUCAUAGUUCUAAUAAAUAUUAAUGUCAUUUCAA